CUAACAAGAGUAGAAACAAACACAAUCAUUUUGUGGACUUUUUUCAACACAUUUAGCAUUUUGAAGAGUGCCUUUUGGCACUUUAUCAGCACAAGCAGCAAAGCAAAAGGUCGGAUCAAUCACUUCACAUUAUCCGGGAAACUCAAUCUGGCAUGAGCCUUCAACAUGAACCAUUGGCAUCAUUUUCUUAGCUACAAAAAUAAAAGUAAAAAUAUUGUUAAAUAAUACUCCCUCCGUUCUAAAAAACAAUUCCUCUUUCAUUUUUUCUACUUCCAACAAAACACUUUCCCUUUCUAUUAAAAAACCACUUUUAUCCUUACUUUUUCAUACCCUACCUAUCACAUCAUACUUUUUCUCUAAUAAUCUAUCCAUCACAUCUUACUUUUAUCCAUCACAUCAGGGGCAAAAUUGGAAAUCAACUACUCCCUCCGUCCGGAAUUGAAGUACCCAUUUUGACUUUUGGUCAUUUUUAUUGGAUGUUGACUUUGGGAUGGAAAUGUCCACAAUACCCUCCUCAUCCUUUCCUGUUAUCCAUUCCCUAAGCCCACACAACCACCCCUAGCUCCCAAUCGCCCGAUGACCCAACCCACACCACCUCUACCUGCCGCACCACCACCGUCAGCUCCGCCCGCCGCACCACCACCGUCAGCUCUGCCAGCCACAGGAGCUUUCCGAGGAAGCAGAUCUGUGAGGAAGUGAAGUUCAACCACAGAGCAGCAAAAGUUCAUAGAACUUUAACAAGAUCUAGGUGGAGGAGAAACAGAACAAUAAAUUUCAAAAAGAUGGUGUAGAUCUGGCUGGAAAAAGAAGUAAAAGCUAGAGAGAAGGUAGUAGUGCCAUAUCCGUGCGCAAUGGCGGGUAUGUACGGAUUCGGGUUUGACGCUCACACCGGAAACUGGAGUAGUUCCGAGACUCCGGUUGUGAACGUUUCGGCUGGAUUGGGUGGCUCUGUUGGGCAGACCACUCCGAUCAACAUUCCUUUUGGAUCGAGUGCGGCCAUGGGGUCCACUCCGAUCACCACAUUCGUUGGAUCGAGCGCGACUAUGGGGUCCGCUCCGGUCACCUCGGUUAUUGGACCAAUCGCGGCUACGGCCGCAAUGGUCACUCCACUCGGACCGAAUAUGGCUUCGGCCAUACCGGUCAUUCCCUCACUUGGACCGAACACGGGUGUCUUCACAUCCGCACCGGUCGGACAUCCUACUGUCAUGGUGCCUGCGAACUCUGUCAAAGAACCGGCAAAGUUCACAGGUGUUGGCUUUAAAAUAUGGCAGCAAAGGAUGUUAUUUUGGCUGACCACCCUCAACCUUGCGAGGUACUUGAGGGAGGAUCCCCCUGUUGUGGGGGAGAACGCGGACGAGCCAACAGUUCAGGCUAAAGAGGCAUGGAUAGCGAAUAACUAUACGUGCCUUAACCUUAUCCUGAAUUGCUUGAGCGAUGCCUUAUAUGCUAUUUAUAGCAGGGCUGCAUCCGCAAAGGAGUUAUGGACUACACUGUCCAACAAAUACCAGGCCGAGGACGCCGGUGCGAAGAAAUUCGUUGUCGGUAAGGUCUUGGAUUUUAAGAUGGUGGAUUCCAAACCCGUGGUUAGUCAAGCUGAAGAAUUGAUUCUCAUUUUUAAUGAGUGCACUGACGAGGGAAUGGGAGUCAGUGAGGCAUUCCAAGUGGCGGCGAUUAUUCAUAUCCGUGAAGAGGUUCUCACUCGCGAGAAGAAAGUAGCUGUUGCUAAGGCCAAUGUGGUGGAGCAUCCAUCCAAAGAGGGUUCUUCCAAAGGGCCCAAGCCGAAUAAGGACAAGAAGAAGAUUGGCCCUAAGGGAGGCGUCGCGAAGCCCAAGUUCGCGGGGAAAUGCUACAACUGUGGCAUUACGGGCCACCGUUCUUCAGAGUGCCGCAAGAAGCCUCAGAAGAAGAAGUAGAAGAAGGAAGAAGCUCUCUGCUCGGAGCUAGAUGCGAUGGACCUUUGUGCUGUCGUGACAGAGCAACUUUUCUCUUCUUUAUACUCUAUAUAUCCAUAAAAAUAUUAAGUUAUUUUACUCCCAAUACACUACCAAACCUUUCCCAAAAGACUAGAAGAAGUUAGAGCCAACAAGAGUUCGUUUAGAGCCCGUUUAAGCUCCAUAACACCUCUAAAGUCUCGGU